AUGCAACUAGCCGUGAACAACACAUCCACUUCGGCUUCUUUUACACCCGACGCUGAAAGCUACUCUGGUGUAGACACAAAUGUAUUAAUCCCGCUUUCCGUAACAUGGGGUGCACUAGGUCUUGUGUCAACUGCACUCAACAUCAUCGUAUGCCUGAUAGUUCUAAGCGACCGACGGCUGUGGACAAUUACUAACUCAUUUAUAGUGUCUCUUUCGGUGGCCGACCUACUUAUAGCUGCUGCGCUCAUUCCGAUUUACAUUUGCGAGAACUUUACUAUGACGAAGACACCAAUCACUGGGUAUGUUAUCGCCUUUCUACUUCUUGCGUCGAUCUUCAACAUCGGCGCGGUAACCUACGAGCGAUACGUGGCUCUGACCAGACCACUCGGUUACCGGGUGACAAUGAACGCUACCAGAGUAGCGGUGAUCAUCUCCCUGUGUUGGAUCUUCCCUUGUUUCAUCUCGAUACUUCCAGUGGCUUGGGAUGCUGAUCCGAUGUCGAAAUAUCACAAAAUUUACCUGUUUGUUACUGUAUUUGGCUUCGUUCUGUUGCCGUGCUUGGUGAUGGUGUGGAUUUACGUGCGUCUUCUCCGCGUGGUGCGCCGAUUCAUCUCUCGAAAUCGAAGGCGGUCCACUUGGGGUAACAGAACGGGGGAGCGGGCGGGGAACGAAGACAAGGCGGUGAUAGUGUUUGCUCUAAUUUUCGGGAUGUUUCUUCUCUCUUGGAUGCCACUUAUUUACAUCAACAUCUGUGAAAUAUUUGAUCAGCUUAACCUGAUCUCGUUGCCACUUCUCUAUGUUUCGUUUUAUACGUUGCUUUUCAACACCAUCAUGGACCCAUUGAUUUACGCGUUUUUGAAGAAAGACUUCAGCGAAAGUUUAAAGAGAAGGUUGAAAAAAGACGACUAUAACACCCCAAGAGAAGAAUCACAAGUAGAAAUAACAAUGGUUAAAUCAAAAUGUUAAAGAAAUAGUCUAAUAUCAAUUAAGAUUAAGUCGUAUUAAUUUUUUUUAUAGAGCUUUUAAGGCAGAUUACUACAACAUCAACAGAUUCGCCAUUAUCAACUGUGAUCGGAACUUCUAUUUUUUUGCGCUGCUGUGUGGGAUCCCAACCAGGAGUGACCCCGCAGGGUUUUUAGUGAAAGUCGGUUAA